CCAAAGCCCUAAACCCCUCGGGAAAAGAGAGCAUCCAUUCCUUCUCCAAUGGCGUCGCGCCGCCUCAGCAACGGCCGCUCCCCUCUCAUCCGGAAGCAGAGCCAGAUCACCGCCUUCUUCGGCUCCCCAUCCCCGUCCCCACCCCCAUCCGCCGCCGCCACCACCCCGAAGCCCGCCGCAGAGCCCUCCCCGUCGCCGCUCAACCCUAAGGCCAAGAAACCCCCCCUCGUGGUGCCCUCCCCUCCCCCUCCCAAGCCCACUCCUCCUCCGCCGCCGCCGAAGGCCAAGAAACCGGAUGCCCCGGCGGCGCCCGCGGCGGAGGCGGUGGGGCGGCGGCUGCGGGUGUACUGGCCGCUCGACGAGGCGUGGUACGAGGGGAGGGUGGAAGCCUACGACGGGGCCGCCCGCCGGCACCGCGUGGCGUAUGACGACGGGGAGGAGGAGGAGGUCGACCUCGGCAACGAGAAGUUCCAGUGGGCCCCUCCCCCUCCGUCGCCCCCGGCGCCGCCGGCCAGGAAGCUGCGGCGGCUCCGGCGUAUGUCCGACACGGCGGAGGCCAAGGCGCCGGCCGCGCCGGAGGACGAGGACACCGAGGACGAGGACUGGAGGAAGGACGCCGCCCCGGAGGAUGAGUCCGAGGAGGUGGACUUGGACGAGGAGGAAGAGGUUCUGACCGUCAGCUCGAGCAAGGGGAAGAAAAGGAGGACCUCCCUGUCCGUUUCAGGUGCAGCAUCAACACUGCGGUCAACGCCUGGUCUGGGUUCUGCAUCCGCGUCGUCUGGGUCGACGCUGUCGACCAAGAGGAAAAACGUGGAUGUCGCUACAUUGGGCUGCGCUAAAAAGUUCAGCUUUCAGCUUGAUAACACGCCUCCGAAAGCUGAAUUGAAAGUAGUGCCAACAAGCUGCGGUAGAGGGGAGAACAAAUUAGAGAAUGCUCACCUUGCUCUUACUGGUGACCUGGCUGAGCGCUUUGGGCAGCGGCAGGGGGACAAGUUCAAAUUCCUUGCGGAAGGGCGCAAAGAUGCAAAAGGGAGAUCUCCUGGAAACCCAGCCUAUGAUCCACGAACUCUCUCCUUACCUCCGCAAUUCCUCAAAAACUUGACAGGUGGACAGAGGCAAUGGUGGGAAUUCAAAUCACAGCACAUGGACAAGGUUCUGUUCUUUAAGAUGGGAAAGUUCUAUGAAUUGUAUGAGAUGGAUGCUCAUGUUGGGGCAAAGGACCUUGAUCUUCAAUACAUGAAGGGUGACCAACCCCACUGUGGCUUCCCAGAGAAGAAUUUAGCAGUGAAUUUGGAGAAACUGGCGCAGAAGGGUUACCGCGUUCUGGUUGUAGAGCAGACUGAAACUCCUGACCAGCUUGAUCUUCGCCGUAAAGAGACGGGUACAAAAGACAAGGUUGUGAGGCGUGAAAUAUGUGCAUUGGUCACAAAAGGAACACUGACAGAAGGAGAGUCCCUUCUGUCAAAUCCAGAUCCGUCAUACAUCUUGUCUGUGACUGAAGAUUCCCAAUAUAGCGCAAAGAAGAGUCAAGAUGGUCACACAAUUGGUGUUUGUAUAAUUGAUGUUUCUACAAGCAAAUUCAUUGUCGGCCAGUUCCAAGAUGACGCUGAGCGUCAUGUGUUAUGUUCAGUUUUAUCUGAAAUGAGACCUGUGGAAAUCGUAAAGCCAGCUAAGAUGUUGAGUCCAGAAACUGAGAGGGCACUGAAAAAUAAUACAAGAAACCCUUUGAUAAAUGAUUUGCUUCCAUCUAAAGAAUUUUGGGAUGCAGAGAAAACUAUUCAUGAGGUAGAGCAGUACUACAGCUCAUUGGAUAAUCUUGCUGUAUCGCAAAACACUGAUGGUGCACAAAGCAAUAUGGGCUGUCUGCCUGAACUAUUAAGUGAGCUAAUUGGAGCUGGUGAUCAAGCAUAUGCGCUUUCUGCUCUGGGAGGUUCUUUGUUUUAUUUGAAGCAAGUCUUUCUGUAUAACAAAAUGCUUCCAUGUGCUGAGUUUGAGCCCCUUACCUGUUCUGGGAUCAUCAAGAACACCCGGAAGCAUAUGAUACUCGAUGCAGCAGCACUUGAAAAUUUGGAUAUCUUAGAGAAUGCAACUGGUGGUCUCUCAGGGACCUUGUAUGAACAAUUGAAUCAUUGUGUUACUGGAUUUGGAAAAAGGUUGCUCAAGCGGUGGAUUGUAAGGCCUUUGUACAAUUGCAAAGCAAUACUACAGCGUCAAGGUGCCAUCGCUAUUUUCAAGGGAGUUGGGCAUGAUUGUGCUAUGCAGUUGCGUAAGGAUUUAUCUAGGCUCCCAGACAUGGAGCGCCUGCUUGCACGCCUUUUCUCCAGCUGUGGUGAAAAUGGGAGUUCUAAGUCAGUUGUUAAGUAUGAAGACACAUCAAAGAGACUGCUCCAGGAGUUCACUGCUGCUCUUCGUGGUUGCCAGCAGAUGUUCCAAGCAUGUUCUUCUCUUAGGGUGUUGACAGGCGCAGAGGGGUCUUGUCUGCUAAAUGAUUUGCUUUCACCAGGCAAAGGGUUACCAGAUGUAUCGUCAAUUUUAGAUUACUUCAGGGCAGCAUUUGAUUGGUCAGAAGCUGACCGUAAUGGCCGAAUCAUACCUCUUGAAGGUUGUGAUCCUGAAUAUGACGCCACUUGCUCUGCCAUAGAGGAGAUUGAAUCCAGUCUACAGGAGUACCUGAAGGAGCAAAGAGAGCUGCUCGGAGAUUCGUCGGUUGAUUAUGUUAAUGUUGGAAAGGAUACUUACCUUAUUGAAGUGUCUGAGAGCCUGAAAGGUUCUGUUCCUAGUAACUAUGAGAUGCAGUCUACAAAAAAGGGGUUCUACCGGUACUGGACACCAGAAGUAAAACAACUACUAUCAGAACUUUCCAAGGCUGUGGCAGACAAAGAAGCAAUAUUGAAAGGCAUUCUUCAGAAGCUAAUCCAUCUCUUUAUUGAGCAUCACAGCAAGUGGAGGCAGUUGGUUUCUGUAGUUGCUGAGAUAGAUGUUCUUAUUAGUCUUUCUAUUGCGGGUGAUUAUUUUGAGGGGCCAACUUGCUGUCCAAUCAUCAGGGAAUCUUCUGGUCCAGAAGAUACUCCUAUUUUCCAUGCAAGAAAUCUUGGGCAUCCCAUUAUUCGAAGUGAUUCAUUAAGCAAGGGUUCUUUCGUACCAAAUAAUAUUAAGAUGGGUGGGCCAGGGAAUGCCAGCUUUAUUGUUCUUACUGGUCCAAAUAUGGGCGGUAAAUCAACUCUCUUGCGUCAAGUUUGUUUCACCAUAAUAUUGGCACAGAUUGGAGCAAAUGUACCAGCAGAAAACUUGGAGCUUUCUCUUGUUGACCGCAUCUUUGUUCGCAUGGGAGCAAGGGAUCAUAUUAUGGCUGGGCAAAGUACAUUCUUGGUGGAGCUCAUGGAGACAGCUUCUGUGCUUUCAUCAGCUACAAAGAAUUCUCUCGUGGCUUUAGAUGAGCUUGGGCGGGGCACAUCAACUUCUGAUGGACAAGCUAUUGCGGCAUCUGUUCUGGAUUAUCUAGUUCGUCAUGUGCAGUGUCUAGGCUUGUUUUCUACUCACUACCAUAGGUUAGCAGUGGAACACGAGGAUAACAAGGUAUCACUUUGCCAUAUGGCUUGCGAAGUGGGCAUUGGAGAAGGUGGUUUGGAAGAAGUGACUUUUCUUUAUAGAUUAACAGCUGGUUCAUGUCCCAAAAGCUAUGGUGUAAAUGUUGCUCGAUUAGCAGGAAUACCUGCAUCAGUGCUUCAGAGGGCUAAUGAGAAGUCAAUUGACUUUGAGGCCAAUUAUGGGAAGCGACGCUGUGCGACUAAAGAUAAGAUGGUCUGUGCACAGAAGGAGGAUAACUUUGCUACUAUCAGGGAUUUGUUCCAUGUUGUGAAGGCAGGGAAUCAUCAAGGAGAUCAGGCAGCAAGUUUAAGCAUGAUUUGUCAAGUACAGACGCGUGCCAGGGCGCAAGCUACUGAAGGGUAACCAAAUACAGGACCCAUUUAAUCAGUGGAGAUUGCCCCUAUUUUUUGCAAAGUUGAUGGCCUUUUUGGAUUGGCAUCAUUUUGAGAAUGCUGUGUUGGCGUGGGGUACUUACUACUUAGUUUAGUAAUGACCAAUGGAACGAUUAUAGAGGGAGGGAAAUGUUGCUCCAAUUGUAAGGUUGAGCUCUGCGGUUUCUUCCCCAGUUUGUAGCUAUAGGGUAGAUGGUCGAGUAGUGAAUAUCGUCGAGUUGUGUAUAUCAUUAACUAUUCUGUCAGCUAAUUUAACUUUUUGUCCACUUCAGCAUUCCCUCUCUACUCAAAUUGCAUAGGCUGCUAC